UUUCAAUUUUCUUUCAGUUCAUUGAGGCCAAUAUAUUUUCAGAAAAGAGCGUGAUAAUAUAAAUUAGCUAUCAGGAUACUAAUAUAGUAAAUCAUGGGAAAAGAGAAGUCCAAAAAACGUCGUCGAUCCUCUUCGUCCAGUUCUAGUUCCAGCAGUUCAGAUUCUUCACGAGAGCGAGAGAAAAAGAAACUUCGCAAGUUAAAAAAGAAAUUGAAGAAGGAGCAAAAGAAAACCGAGAAGAUUCUCAAAAAGAAGUUAAAGGAAGAAAAGAAAAUGAAGAAGAAACAGCGGAGCGAAAGCCGGAGCCGGGAAACGUCGGCCAGUAAGCAAGAUGCGGCAGCUGAUAUACCGAUCGAGUUAAUGGAGAAGUCCAAAGCAAUGGCACCAAUGACAAAAGAGGAAUGGGAACAGAAGCAAAGUGUUGUGCGCCGGGUGCUGGAUGAGGAGUCGGGCCGAUACAGGUUAAUAAAAGGUGACGGUGAGGUGUUAGAGGAGAUUGUGUCCCGAGACCGCCACCGGCAGAUCAACCGCCAGGCCACCCAGGCAGACGGGGCUUUCUUCCAAGCUAACACAGUUGACCGGAAGAUUUAACUAUCUCCCUCUUCUUCUUCUUAAUCAAUCUUUUUCAACUACUGAAAAACGUUUUUGACAAAUUAUGGUACAACAUUAAACAUUAAGUUCUGUUUUGCAAUAUCACCACAGUUGUGAGGGGUAGCCAAAAAAUUAAUAGUAGAAUCUUUGAGCAAUCACAAUUUCUGUGGUGUGAUAUUUUUGAGUCAUAGAUUUAUUUAUAAGGACAUAGUAUAAUUAAGUAUUUGGGGAUGUUAAUGAUAAGAACACAAUCAUAUAAAGGGUUGGGUGUGGUGUGGAGAAAAUAAGAGGAAGUCUUGCAGCAAAAUUGGGGAUUCUCUUGUUAUUAAACUACUUACUAGAUAGGUAAAAUAAGGACAUGUCACUUCAGGCUAUGGAAGCUAUUACAAUAUAUGUACUAUAAUUAUAUUUCACUGCAGUGAAAUGCAGUAUUAACUGCAACUCAUUAUUUAUUCAACUUAGCAGGUAGGUAUUUCCUGUAAUGUUGUUCCUGUUACCUUUUCCAAUUAUAUUCCUAUGUAACAUUGUUAAAAACACUAAGACAUUCCAUAAGCACUCUUCUAACGUUGAAAUAUCCUGCUGUUCACUUGGUUUUAAAUAAAGCUUUGAAAAUUCGA